CUGGUUCGGCCCCUGAUGUGGUUCCCAGAUUGGUUCCUGACCUGUGGAUCCUCUGGAUGCUGUAGAUCUUGUGGAUCUGAAAUGAAGAAGUGUUAUUGAAAAACCUUCUUCUUCACAGGAUGAUAAAGUGUGGGCUGCUGACUGUGGAGGCUUGUGUUGCCCCCUUCUGGCCACCCGGUGUCUCUGAAGAAGAAGUGUUGCAUGUCGGGAGUUGGAGUCUCACUGACGGAGUGUAGUUAGCAGUUAGCGGCUUCUGUAGCUAACAUUAGCCGCUGAGGGUGAUCUGGAGACGGACACGCAGAACAAAGAGGAGCCGGGAGCGGUCCACCUGCCCCGGCGGCCUCCCCCCCGUGUGUCCGCUGCCUGUGAGCCGGUGUCGGUCAGAUGAGUGCUCGCUAACCGGGGAGCCAGCAUGGGAGAAGACGGCGGAGGUAACGGGGACCUGACCGCCAACCUGCGGUGUCGGAGCACCGGGGACCCGCAGCUCGACAAGGCGGUGCACCGGUGGUUAACCUGGGACAAGAACCAGUGGACCCGGGCUCAGGUGGAGUCUCUUGUGGCCACGGCUCAGUUGGACGAUCUGAGGACAAGGCUCGGCAGCAGGAUGAGCUUCGGGACGGCCGGACUCAGAGCUCCAAUGGGAGCCGGAUUCAACCGAAUCAACGACCUCACUGUCAUCCAGUCCACACAGGGUCUGUGGUCCUACCUGUCCAGGUUCUUUGCUGACUUGAGCAGCAGAGGUGUGGUGGUUGGGUUUGACACCAGGGGACAGGUGGAGAGCGGUUGCAGCAGUCAGAGGUUGGCAAAGUUAACGGCUGCUGUGAUGCUCAGUAGAGACGUCCCCGUACAUCUGUUCUCUACGUUUGUCCCCACGCCAUUCGUGCCAUAUGCUGUGAAGAAACUAGGAGCAGCCGCUGGAGUCAUGAUCACCGCUUCACAUAAUCCUAAAGAAGACAACGGGUACAAGGUGUACUGGUGUAACGGCGCUCAGAUCUCCGCACCUCAUGACAAGGAGAUCCUGCGGAGCAUCGAGGAGCAGUUGGAGCCCUGGAGCGCCUCCUGCUGGGACGAGGAGCUGGCGGAGAGCUGCUCCCUGAGGACUGAGCCCCUGACCCAAAUCAACAGCUGCUACAUGGAGGAACUCGCCUCCCUCUGCUUCCACAGGGAUCUUAAUCGCAGCUGUCCUUUGAAGUUUGUCCAUUCGUCCUUCCACGGCGUGGGACACGUCUUUGUCCAGCAGGCCUUCCAGACCUUUGGCUUCCAUCCACCAAUCCCUGUACCGGAGCAGAAAGACCCCGAUCCCAACUUCCCCUCCCUCCGCUGUCCAAACCCAGAGGAGGGGGAGUCUGUUCUGGAGCUUUCUCUUCUUCUGGCAGAGCGGGAAAACGCUCAGAUCGUCUUGGCAACGGAUCCUGAUGCUGAUCGUUUGGCUGUAGCAGAGAAGUCUGAUGGGUGUGCCUGGAAGGUGUUCACAGGUAAUGAGCUGGCAGCUCUGCUGGGCUGGUGGAUGUUCUUCAACUGGAAGGAGAAUCAUCCAGACCCCGCAGACACUGGGAGCCUUUACAUGUUGGCCACCACAGUGUCGUCCAAGAUCCUGGGCGCCAUCGCUCACACGGAGGGGUUCCACUUCGAGGAAACUCUUCCAGGGUUUAAGUGGAUCGGGAACAGGAUACACGAACUCUCCAAAACAGGGAACACGGUCAUAUUCGCCUUUGAGGAGUCGAUUGGUUUCCUGUGCGGCAGUAUGGUCCCCGAGAAAGAUGGCGUGAGCUCGGCAGCCGUCGUGGCAGAAAUGGCUUCUUACCUACACAACAAGGGCCUGAGUCUGAACCAGCAGCUCCACAACAUCUACCUGACGUAUGGCUUUCAUGUGUCUAAGACCUCCUACGUCGUCUGUCACCACCCGCCCACCAUCCAGAAGAUCUUUGGCCGGAUCAGAAACUUUGACGGCGAGGGAUCGUACCCGAAGUCGUGCGGUGGCGUCAGUAUCGACCAUGUCAGAGACGUGACCAGGGGAUACGACAGCAGCCAGGCAGACCUCAGAUCUGUUCUUCCUGUGUCCAGGAGCGGUCAGAUGAUCACCUUCACGCUUCAGAACGGCGUGGUGGCCACGCUGAGAAGCAGCGGAACAGAACCCAAGAUCAAAUACUACACCGAGUUCUGUGCACCGCCAGGGAAAAGUGACCGGUCCAGUCUGGAGGAGGAGCUUACAAAGGUGACGACUGCUCUGCUCGACGACUUCCUGGAACCAGAGAGGAACAACCUGAUUCGUCGUUUUGUCUGACCCCACCUCCACGUACCUGGUCCGGCUCUGGGGUGUCACUUCCUGCUGUGUUAGAGCUUCUCUGUGAUGUCAUUUCCUGCUGUGUUAGAGCUUCUCUGUGAUGUCACUUCCUGCUGUGUUAGAGCUUCUCUGUGAUGUCACUUCCUGCUGUGUUAGAUCUUCUCUGUGAUUUCACUUCCUGCUGUGUUAGAUCGUCUCUGUGAUUUCAAUGAAGUUCAUGUCGGACUCAGGAAGAAGAAUGUGACCGAAGAUUGAGAACAUCAUGCAGAGAGCAUGAUGGGAUCUCAGCAGAGAGCAUGAUGGGAACUCGGCAGAGAGCAUGAUGGGAUCUCGGCAGAGAGCAUGAUGGGAACUCGGCAGAGAGCAUGAUGGGAACUCGGGAGAGAGCAUGAUGGGAACUCGGCAGAGAGCAUGAUGGGAACUCGGCAGAGAGCAUGAUGGGAACUCAGCAGAGUCCAAAGAAAAGAACAAAUGUGUUUUGAGGUGAAGGAAAAUGACGUUGAAACCUAAUGUUUGUUUUCCUGCAGUUUCUCAAUGUGGAAGUUGAUUAUUGACAAGUUUUAGUUUUUCAUAUCAGCCGGCUGGUGCCAAAACAUAUUUCAUCAGUUUUAAUUAUUUACAUUAUGAUACUCCAACAAUUCUUAAAUACAUUCUCUAAAGGUAGUUAGACGUUAAAAAAAAACAUGAAUGAAACUGAUCCUUUACUUUUCUGAAAAAAGAAACCAAUCAAAUUAUAUCUUGUGUCAGAAAAAGUUUUAAAAUCAAAGUCCAGCUUUGAUUAAACGUUGUUUGUGUUAAACUGCUUCAGUUCCUAAUGAAUCUUUCAUCUGAUCAAGUCUGGAUCAAUGAUGAAGCUGCUCAUUAAGUGAACUCCAACCCGUCAGAUGAGAUGGACUCCACGGAGCUAAAGACGUCUUUGAGCUAAAACACAUUUCUGUGGAUUUGAUUUAUUUUUGUGCUCGACAGGUGAAAAGUGUUGUCAUGACGACAGAGGCUUGCUCCGUGUUAUUUUAUUUAUGAACAGAGAAAAUCUUUAUUUUGAAUAAAUCAAAGUGAUGAAUCAAACUUCACAGUUUGAUUCAUCACUUUUUUUUAUUCCAUCUGUCAAACUGAUGAUGUCAUCAACGUUUCUACUUUAUUUUAAAAA